GAUCGUGGGCGCACAUACUUGCCAAAAUCUCACCAAAUCCCUACAACACCAACAAUCAUAUACACUCUAUGUUUUCCUUCGCUAACCCAUGUGUGGUGAUUUCUAGUUCGGCUCACCUCUUUCUGCGACCACCCAAUCGCCCUCUCCUUUACAACCCGACCCAAUUCCCCAUUUUCAGAUCAUCCAUAACAAAGAUCAAAGCCACCAUUGAUGAGAAAGAACAGAAAUCCCCUUCCCCUGUUAUUGUCGAAGAAGAAGAUGAAGUUGGUUUACAACCAACAGCCAGUAAGGAAGUUGAGGAGAGCAUAAAAGUACUGAAGAAAGCUGCAAAGACUAGAAAGGUUGAAGCUACUGAGAUUCUGUCUGCUCUGAAAUUGAUGGAGAAGGCUAAACUCGACCCUUCACAGUUUUGUGAGACUCUUGGAGGAUCAGAAUCCCCUGGAAGAACUUGGAUGCUUAUAUUUACAGCUGACAAAGGAUUGAAAAGUGGCAAAUACUUCCCCAUUACCGCUGUUCAGAGAUUUGAUGCAGCUGCAAGGAGGAUCGAGAACGGUGUGUACCUGGGUCCUCUUGGGUGCCUAACAUUUGAAGGCAGAUUUUCAUGGAAAAAGAGAAUACUUGCAUUUGUAUUUGAGCUUAUUCGGAUAAAGGUGGGACCUUUCAACCCGUUUGAAAUAAACAUUAAAGGAAACGAUGAGACUGAACCAACCACAAAGAAUCCCUUCUUUAUAUGGUUUUACAUCGAUGAAGAAAUUGCUGUAGCUCGGGGUAGAAGUGGGGGCACCGCCUUUUGGUGUCGUUGCCGCCGUGUGUAAUGUGUAUGUGUAUGUAUGUAGCUUUCUAAAUGUUUGUGUAUAAAUUUUUACUUUAAUUUAUACCAUACCAAAUUAUAUAUAGUUACUAAAUUAAUUAAACUUUUAUAGUAAAAAUUUGAGAAAUC